AAAAAGAAGACUGGGAAAAGUCUUUGGAUUAUACUGAAACCCCACAGAAAUGGCUAAGUAUGGAGAGCAGGAGAUGAGGCCUGAUAAUGGGCAGAAUGAAUUCAGUGACAUCAUUAAGUCCAGAUCUGAUGAACAUGAUGACGUACAGAAGAAAACCUUUACCAAAUGGCUAAAUGCUAGAUUUUCAAAGAGUGGAAAACCACCCAUCAAUGACAUGUUCACAGACCUCAAAGAUGGAAGAAAACUACUGGAUCUUUUAGAAGGCCUCACAGGGACACCUCUGCCAAGGGAACGUGGGUCUACAAGGGUCCAUGCUUUGAAUAAUGUCAACAGAGUGCUCCAGGUUUUACAUCAGAACAAUGUGGAUUUAGUGAACAUAGGUGGAACCGAUAUCGUUGAUGGAAAUCACAAACUGACUUUGGGAUUACUUUGGAGCAUCAUCUUGCACUGGCAGGUGAAAGAUGUCAUGAAGGAUAUCAUGUCAGAUUUGCAGCAGACCAACAGCGAGAAAAUUCUGCUGAGUUGGGUGCGCCAGUCUACCAGACCAUACAGUGAGGUCAACGUUCUCAACUUUACCACCAGCUGGACAGAUGGACUUGCCUUUAAUGCUUUGCUGCAUAGUCAUAAACCUGAUCUCUUCAGCUGGGAUAAAGUUGUCAGAAUGUCUCCAGUUGAAAGAAUGGAACAUGCCUUCAGUGAAGCUCAAACUUAUCUGGGAAUUGAAAAGCUGUUGGAUCCUGAAGAUGUUGCCGUUCAGCUUCCUGACAAAAAAUCUAUAAUUAUGUAUUUGACAUCUUUGUUUGAGGUGUUACCUCAGCAAGUCACUCUAGAUGCCAUCCGUGAGGUUGAGACACUCCCAAAGAAAUAUAAAGAAUGUGAAGAAGGAGAAAUCAACAUUCAGAGUUCCGAGCAAGAGGAGCACCCAAGUUCUCAAGCUGCAACCCCUAGCACUGUCACUGAGGUUGAUAUGGAUCUGGACAGCUAUCAGAUUGCCUUGGAGGAAGUGCUGACCUGGUUGCUUUCUGCUGAGGACACAUUCCAGGAGCAGGAUGACAUUUCUGAUGAUGUUGAAGAAGUCAAAGACCAGUUUGCCACCCAUGAAGCUUUUAUGAUGGAGCUAACUGCACACCAGAGCAGCGUGGGGAGUGUCCUUCAGGCAGGAAACCAGCUGAUAACACAAGGCACUCUGACAGAUGAAGAAGAAUUUGAGAUUCAGGAGCAAAUGACCCUGUUGAAUGCCAGAUGGGAAGCGCUGAGGGUGGAAAGUAUGGGCAGACAGUCCAGGCUGCAUGAUGUUUUAAUGGAGCUGCAGAAGAAGCAGCUGCAGCAACUCUCUGCCUGGUUGACACUCACUGAAGAGCGUAUUCAGAAGAUGGAAACUUAUUCCCUGGAUGACGAGUUUACAUCUUUGCAGAAGAUGCUAGAAGAUCAUAAAAGUUUGCAAAGUGAUCUUGAAGCUGAACAAGUGAAGGUAAAUUCAUUAACUCACAUGGUGGUGAUCGUUGAUGAGAACAGUGGUGAGAGUGCCACAGCUAUGCUCGAAGACCAGUUACAGAAACUUGGUGAACGCUGGACAGCUGUGUGCCGCUGGACUGAGGAGCGCUGGAGUCGGUUACAAGAACUCAAUCUAUUAUGGCAGGAAUUGUUGGAAGAACAGUGCUUGCUAAAGGCUUGGCUAACUGAAAAAGAAGAGGCUUUAAAUAAAGUCCAGAUGAGCAACUUCAAAGACCAGAAGGAAUUAAGUGUCAGCGUUCGAAGACUGGCUAUUUUAAAGGAAGACAUGGAAAUGAAGCGCCAAGCACUGGAUCAACUGAGUGAGAUUGGUCAGGAUGUGAGUCAAUUACUUGAUAAUCCCCGAGCAUCUGAGAAGAUCAGCAAUGACUCAGAAGAACUAACUCAGAGAUGGGAUUCCUUGGUUCAGAGACUAGAAGAUUUUUCCAACCAGGUGACUCAGGCUGUAGCAAAGCUGGGAAUGUCCCAGAUUCCUCAAAAGGAGCUUUUGGAGACCAUUCAAAUAAGAGAACAAGUUAUGACCAAAAGAUCAAAGCAAGAACUGCCUCCUCCUCCUCCCCCCAAGAAGAGACAGAUUCCUCUGGAUAUGGAAGCGAAGAAAAAGUUUGAUGCAGUGAGUGCAGAGCUGUUAAACUGGAUUUUGAAAUCAAAGACUACCAUUCAGGCCUCAGAGAUAAAGGAGUUUAAGAAGAUGCAAGAAACUUCAGAAGUGAAAAAGAAGUUGAAGAGAUUAGAAAAAGAACAAUCAGAAAAAAAUGCCAGAUUGGAAGAAUUAAAUGUAAUAGGACAGAGUCUUUUGGAGCAAAUGAAAAAAGAAGAUCUUCCCAGUGAAGAAAUAAAAAAUGUGCUGGAGAAAGUCUUGUCAGAAUGGAAGAGUUUAUCUCAGCGUUUGGAAGACCUGGCAAGAGAGAUUCAGCUACAAGAAGAUAUCAACAGUUACUUUAAGCAACUUGAUGAGCUUGACAAAAUCGUGAGGGCAAAGGAGGAAUGGCUCAGACAAACUCCCUUGGCAGAAGCCUCCCAGAAGUCCUUGGCUAGUGUGAAGGAUUCGUGUCAGCAAGAAUUGACUCAUCUCCUUGAACUUCACCCUCAAAUUGAACUGGUGCGUGCAAACUGCUCAGCUCUGAAGUCUCAGGCCUCUGUUCCUGAUUUUGUUCAACCGGCUUUUGAGAAUUUUCUCACUCACUAUCAAGCUGUGCAACAUGAUUUAGAGGAUCAUCAGAAACAGCUGGAGGAUGAACUGGAGAUACAGCCUGGACACGCUUAUUUGGAAACUUUGAAAAGACUAAAAGAGGUGCUAAAAGAAUCAGAAAAUAAGACCCAGGUGUCUUUGAAUGCCUUGAAUGAUCCUACAAAAGCAGAGAAAGCCCUUCAUGAAAUCAAGGCCCUCGAUGAAAUCCUUGAGAGCCAAAAACCUCUGAUAUCUAAACUUACAGAAGAAAUGAAAACUUUGCAGAAACAUGUUUCUCCUGAUUUAGAAAGACUAAAGAAAGAAUGUGAUGAUGCCCAAGCAAAGUGGAACAAAGUGAAGAUGAAGGUUUCCAAAGAUUUGCAUUUGCUUGAAGAAAUUACUCCCAAACUCAGGGCUUUUGAGACUGAUUCAAAAGUCAUUGAGAAGUGGAUGGAUGGUGUGAAAGACUUAAUGAAAGAGUCGACUGUCCAUGGUGAUGAUGAGGGACUGCAAAGAGAACUUGACCGGUGCUCUGCAUUUGUUAAUGAAAUAGAAACAGUUGAAUCAUCUCUGAAAAACAUGAAGGAAAUUGAAGUAAACCUUCGAAGCUGUCCUAUUGCUGGAAUCAAAAUAUGGAUGCAGAAAAAGCUGGUGGACUAUCAAAGCCAGCUGGAGAGAUUUAGUAAGGAGGUGACUGUUCAAAAAAGUAGGUUGUCUGAAAGUCAGGAAAAAGCAGCGAACCUGAAGAAAGACUUGGCAGAGAUGCAGGAAUGGAUGAGCCAGGCUGAAGAGGAAUACCUGGAGAGGGAUUUUGAGUACAAGUCUCCAGAAGAGCUUCAGAAUGCUGUGGAGGAAAUGAAGAGGGCAAAAGAGGAUGUAUUGCAAAAAGAGGUGAGAGUGAAGAUUCUCAAGGACAACAUCAAGUUAUUAGCUGCAAAAGUGCCCCCUGGUGGCCAGGAGUUAACAUCUGAACUGAACGUCGUGCUGGAGAAUUACCAACUCCUUUGUAACAGAAUUCGAGGGAAGUGCCACACUCUGGAGGAGGUUUGGUCUUGUUGGAUCGAACUACUUCACUAUUUGGAUCUUGAGACCACCUGGCUAGACACUCUGGAAGAGCGAAUGAAGAACACAGACACGCUCCCUGAGAAGACAGAGGCUGUGGGCGAAGCUCUGGAGUCUCUUGAAUCUGUAUUAAGACAUCCAGCAGAUAAUCGAACUCAGAUUCGAGAACUUGGCCAGACUCUGAUUGAUGGAGGUAUCCUCGAUGAUAUAAUCAGUGAGAAGCUGGAGACUUUCAACAGUCGAUAUGAAGAACUGAGUCGUCUGGCAGAGAGCAAGCAGAUUUCUUUGGAAAAGCAUCUACAAGUUCUACGGGAAACAGACCACAUGCUUCAAGCCUUGCAGGAGAGUUUAGGGGAAUUAGACAAGCAGCUCACAACUUACUUGACUGAUCGAAUAGAUGCCUUCCAGGUUCCCCAAGAAGCACAGAAAAUCCAAGCAGAGAUCUCAGCCCAUGAGCUGACUCUAGAGGAGUUGAGGAGAAAUAGCCGUUCCCAGCCUCUGGCCUCCCCUGAUGGCAGGACUUCGAGAGGAGGAGGACAGAUAGAUGUGCUACAGAGAAAGCUUCGAGAAGUGUCCACCAAGUUCCAGCUCUUCCAGAAACCUGCUAACUUUGAACAGCGCAUGCUUGACUGCAAGCGUGUGUUAGAUGGUGUGAAAGCAGAACUUCCUGUUUUGGAUGUGAAGGAUGUGGACCCUGAUGUCAUACAGACUCACCUGGACAAGUGUAUGAAACUCUAUAAAACAUUGAGUGAAGUCAAACUUGAAGUAGAGACUGUCAUCAAAACAGGAAGACACAUUGUGCAGAAACAGCAAACUGACAACCCCAGGGACAUGGACGAGCAGCUGACUUCUCUGAAGGUUCUUUAUAACGACCUGGGUGCCCAGGUGACUGAGGGCAAACAGGACCUGGAAAGAGCCUCCCAGUUGGCCCGGAAGAUAAGGAAAGAGGCUGCUGCCCUCUCUGAUUGGCUGUGUGUCACUGAGACUGAGUUAGUACAGAAAUCCACUUCAGAAAGUUUGCUUGGUGACUUGGAUGCAGAAAUUUCCUGGGCAAAAAAUAUUCUGAAGGAUCUGGAAAAGAAAAAAGCUGAUCUAAAUACCAUCACAGAGAAUAGUGCUGCCCUCCAGAACUUGAUAGAGGGCAGCGAGCCUGUCUUGGAGGAGAAACUCUGUGUCCUCAAUGCUGGCUGGAGCCGUGUUCGUACCUGGACCGAGGAUUGGUGCAAUACCUUACUGAAUCAUCAGAACCAGUUGGAAAUUUUUGAUGGAAAUGUUGCUCACAUAAGUACCUGGCUUUACCAAGCUGAAGCCCUGUUGGAUGAAAUUGAGAAAAAGCCAGCAAGUAAACAGGAAGAAAUUGUGAAGCGUUUGUUAUCAGAGCUGGGUGAUGCUGCCCUUCAAGUUGAAAGUGUCCGAGAUGAAGCUCAAGUUUUAAUAAGUGCGCGUGGAGGCUCAAGCAGGGAGCUUGUGGAACCCAAAUUAGAAGAACUGAAUAGGAACUUUGAAAAGGUAUCUCAACAUAUCAGAAAUGCUAAGUUACUCAUUGGCGAGGAACCAUUAUCAUAUCAAUGUCUGACCACAGUGGAAACCUUUGAAGCGGGUAUACCUUUCUAUGACUUGGAAAGGUUAGAAAUAGACAUAGACAAUAUGCUAACAGUUGUAGAGAAGUGCCUGGAACCCAGUGAGGAAGAGGAAAAGAUGGAUGAGGUGAGAGCCCAGAUCGAGGAAGUUCUUCAAAGAGGAGAACAAAUAUUACAUCAGCCUAUGGAGGAUAGUAAAAAAGAAAAGAUCCGUUUGCAGUUAUUACUUUUGCACACAAGAUACAACAAAAUUAAGGUAAUUCCUAUGCAACAGAUGAGAACAGGCCAACUUAGUUCUGGAAUGAGAUCAUCACUUCUCCCCGCAGAUUAUCUGGUUGAAAUUAACAAAGUUUUAUUUUCUGUGGAUGAUGUUGAACUAUCACUUAAUACUCCAGAAUUAAGCACUAUUGUCUAUGAAGAUUUCUCUUUUCAGGAAGAUUCUUUGAAGAAUAUCAAAGACCAACUGGACAUACUUGGAGAGCAGAUUGCAGUCAUUCAUGAAAAACAGCCAGAUGUUAUCCUGGAAGCUUCUGGACCUGAAGCUAUCCAGAUCAGAGAUUCUCUUACUCAGUUGAAUGCAAAAUGGGAUCGAGUUAAUAGUUUGUUCAAUGAUCAUAAAGGGUAUUUUGAUAGGGCAGUGGAAGAAUGCAGACAAUUCCACUGUGAUUUUAAUGAUCUCAUCCAGUGGGUCACAGAUGCUGAGGAGUUACUGGCUGAGUCCUCUGAUCCAGAUGGUGGCCUGGACAUAGAGAAAGCCAGGAGACAUCAGCAGGAACUUGAGGAGGGAAUCAGCAGUCACCAGCCAAGUUUUGCAGCACUAAAUAGAAUGGGAGAUGGAAUUAUCCAGAAGCUCUCCCCCACAGAUGGAAGCUUCUUGAAAGACAAGCUAAAGGACUUAAACCUACGUUGGACGACCAUUGUUUCUAAUGUGAAGGAUAGGAGGCCCAGGCUAAAAGGUGAGAGUAAAGAGGUGACUGAAUAUAGAAGAAGACUAAAUGAGGUAAUCUGUUGGCUAACAAAGGCUGAGAAUGCUGUGCAGAAGAAAUCAAUGACUGAAUUGGAAAAAAACCUUCAAGAGUUAACAGACUUAAGUCAGCAGAUGGACAUACUAGAUGAAAAGCUCAAAUGGUUGAAUAGAACUGAAUUGGAAAUGCUUUCAGAUAAAAGUCUGAGUUUACAUGAAAGAGAGAAAAUUUCAGAAAGCUUAAGAACUGUAAAUACAACAUGGAAUAAGCUGUUCAGAGAAGUGCCUAUUGUAUUGAAGGAACGCGUCCAAGCACCCCAUUCGGUUUCUCAGACAAGAGCUGUUGCUCAUCCUAAUGUGCAAAAGGUAGUGCUAGUAUCAUCUGCACCAGAGAUGCCUGUUCUCCCUCAUCGUACUUCGGAUAUUUCCAUCCCCACCAAUCUGGAUAGGAUGAUAACAGAACUGGCUGACUGGUUGGUGUUGAUAGACCAGAUGCUGAAGUCCAACAUUGUCACUGUUGGGGAAGUUCAAGAGAUCAAACAGACUGUAUCACGCAUGAAAAUCACAAAGGCUGAUUUGGAACAGCGCCAUCCUCAGCUAGAUUAUGUUUUUACGUUGGCACAGAAUUUAAAAAAUAAAGCUUCUAGUUCAGAUGUGAGAACUGCAAUCACAGAAAAAUUGGAAAAAGUCAAGAAUCAGUGGGAUAAUACUCAACACAGUGUGGAGUUAAGGCAGCAGCAGCUGGAGGAUAUGAUCACCGACAGUAUUCAGUGGCAUGAGCACAGGGAAGAGACCGAGGAAAUGAUGAGAAAAUAUGAGGCUCAACUCUGUAUACUUCAACAGCCCCGGAGGGAUCCCCUCAUCAAACAGAUUUCUGAUAACCAAAUAUUUCUUCAGGAACUGGGGACUGGUGAUGGCAUUAUAAUGGUGUUCGAGAAUGUCCUGCAGAAAUUGCUAGAAGAAUAUGGUAAUGAUGACACUCGAAAUGUGAAGGAGACCACUGACUACUUGAAAGCUUCAUGGCUCAAUCUAAAACAAAGCACCACUGACAGACAGAAUGCCUUGGAGGCUGAGCUGAGGACUGUGCAGGCCAGUCGCCGAGAUCUGGAAAACUUCCUGAAGUGGAUACAAGAAGCAGAAACCACUGUCAACGUGCUUGCAGAUGCUUCUCAGAGGGAAAAUGCUCUCCAGGAUACCUUCCUGGCCAGGGAACUCACUCAGCAGAUGGAGGAUAUCCAGGCUGAAAUUGAUGCCCAUAAUGACAUAUUCAAAAGCAUUGAUGGGAACAGACAGAAGAUGGUGAAAGCUUUGGGGAAUUCUGAAGAGGCUACUAUGCUUCAACAUCGACUGGAUGAUAUGAACCAAAGAUGGAAUGACUUAAAAGCAAAGUCUGCUAGCAUCAGGGCCCAUUUGGAGGCCAAUGCUGAGAAGUGGAACAGGCUACUGAUGUCUUUAGAAGAACUUAUCAAAUGGCUGAACAUGAAGGAUGAAGAACUGAAAAAGCAAAUGCCAAUCGGGGGAGAUGUUCCAGCCUUACAGCUCCAAUAUGAUCACUGUAAAGCUCUGACACGUGAAUUAAAGGAGAAAGAGUAUUCUGUCCUGAAUGCCAUAGACCAAGCUCGAGUGUUCCUGGCUGAUCAGCCCAUUGAGGCCCCUGAAGAGCCACGAAGAACCCCACAAUCAAAAACAGAACUGACUCCUGAAGAGAAAGCCCAAAAGAUUGCCAAAACCAUGCGUAAACAGUCUUCUGAAGUCAAAGAGAAGUGGGAAAGUCUGAAUGUGGUGACAAACAAUUGGCAGAAGCAAGUGGACAAGGCAUUGGAGAAGCUCAGAGACCUGCAAGGAGCAAUGGAUGACCUGGAUGCAGACUUGAAGGAAGCCGAGGCUGUGAGGAAUGGAUGGAAGCCCGUGGGAGAUUUGCUCAUUGACUCUCUACAGGAUCACAUCGAAAAAACCAUGGCAUUUAGAGAAGAAAUUGCACCAAUCAACUUAAAAAUUAAAACCAUGAAUGACUUAUCUAGUCAACUAUCUCCUCUUGACCUGCACCCAUCUCUGAAAAUGUCUCGCCAGCUAGAUGACCUUAAUAUGAGAUGGAAACUUUUACAGGUUUCUGUGGAUGAUCGCCUUAAACAGCUUCAAGAAGCCCAUAGAGAUUUUGGACCAUCCUCUCAGCAUUUUCUCUCGACUUCAGUCCAGCUGCCAUGGCAAAGAUCCAUUUCACACAACAAAGUGCCCUACUACAUCAAUCAUCAAACACAAACAACUUGCUGGGAUCAUCCUAAAAUGACCGAACUCUUUCAAUCCCUUGCUGAUCUGAAUAACGUGCGUUUCUCAGCCUACCGGACAGCCAUCAAAAUUCGAAGACUGCAGAAAGCCUUAUGUUUGGAUCUUUUAGAGUUGAACACCACAAAUGAAGUUUUCAAGCAGCACAAGCUGAAUCAGAACGAUCAGCUUCUCAGUGUUCCCGACGUCAUCAAUUGUCUGACAACAACUUAUGAUGGCCUCGAACAAAUGCAUAAGGACCUAGUCAAUGUCCCACUCUGCGUGGAUAUGUGUCUCAAUUGGCUGCUCAAUGUGUAUGACACGGGUCGGACUGGAAAAAUAAGAGUACAGAGUCUGAAGAUUGGGCUGAUCUCUCUCUCCAAAGGUCUUCUGGAAGAAAAGUACAGAUAUCUCUUUAAUGAAGUGGCAGGACCUACAGAAAUGUGUGACCAGAGACAGCUUGGCCUGUUGCUUCAUGAUGCCAUCCAGAUUCCUCGACAGUUGGGGGAAGUUGCAGCUUUUGGGGGUAGUAAUAUUGAGCCCAGUGUCCGUAGCUGUUUUCAACAGAAUAACAACAAGCCAGAGAUAAGUGUGAAAGAGUUUAUAGACUGGAUGCGGCUGGAACCCCAAUCUAUGGUUUGGUUGCCAGUUUUACAUCGAGUGGCAGCAGCUGAGACUGCAAAGCAUCAGGCCAAAUGCAACAUCUGUAAAGAAUGUCCAAUUGUUGGAUUCAGGUAUAGAAGCCUAAAGCACUUUAACUAUGAUGUCUGCCAGAGUUGUUUCUUUUCCGGUCGAACAGCAAAAGGCCACAAAUUACAUUAUCCAAUGGUUGAAUAUUGUAUACCUACAACAUCUGGAGAAGAUGUCCGAGACUUCACAAAGGUGCUGAAGAACAAGUUCAGAUCUAAGAAAUACUUCGCCAAACAUCCUCGGCUUGGCUACCUGCCUGUCCAGACGGUGCUUGAAGGUGACAACUUAGAGACUCCUAUCACACUCAUCAGUAUGUGGCCAGAAAACUAUGACCCCUCACAGUCUCCUCAGUUGUUUCAUGAUGACACCCAUUCGAGAAUAGAACAGUAUGCCACACGACUGGCCCAAAUGGAAAGGACUAAUGGGUCUUUCCUCACUGAUAACAGCUCUACCACAGGAAGUGUGGAAGAUGAGCAUGCUCUUAUCCAACAAUACUGCCAGACUCUAGGAGGCGAGUCUCCAGUGAGCCAGCCCCAGAGCCCUGCACAGAUCCUGAAGUCAGUAGAAAGGGAAGAACGUGGAGAACUGGAGCGAAUCAUUGCAGAUUUGGAGGAAGAGCAAAGAAAUCUGCAGGUGGAAUAUGAGCAGCUCAAAGAGCAGCACCUGAGGAAGGGACUUCCUGUUGGUUCGCCUCCAGACUCCAUCGUCUCCCCGCACCACACAUCUGAGGAUUCCGAACUUAUAGCAGAGGCAAAGCUCCUUAGGCAGCACAAGGGUCGGCUGGAAGCGAGGAUGCAGAUUUUAGAAGAUCAUAACAAGCAGCUGGAGUCUCAGCUCCACCGACUUCGACAGCUGCUGGAGCAGCCUGAAUCUGAUUCUCGAAUCAAUGGCGUCUCCCCCUGGGCUUCACCCCAACAGUCUUCACUGAGCUAUUCACUUGACCAGGAGUCGGGUCCACAGUUCCACUCUACAGCAGCCGAGGACCUGCUGGUCCCCCCACAGGACACCAGCACGGACCUUACAGAGGUGAUGGAGCAGAUCAACAGUACCUUCCCAUCUUGCUGCCCAAAUCUCCCCAGCAGGCCACAGGCAAUGUGAAGUGUUCAUCCAGCCAACCAACAUUUCCUGACUAACAGUAUUGCCCUUUUCAACAAAUGCCAAUUCCAAGUUCCAUUUAACCGGAAGCUUCAUGGCUCCUUGAACCAUGUUGAUGAGCAUUGACUGGGUGUUUGGCUGAAGGAGUAAAACACUGACUAUCCAAAGAGAAAAAGGAUAUUUUGUUUAUAUAGUAAUCAUCUAUUAUUAUUUUCUUCCUCCCUUUCUAUGCAACUGUAAAUUAAUGAACAGAGUGGUAUUUGGAAAUGGUAAUACAUUUGUCACUGAUUUGUAUACUGUAUACAGCAUUGGGAAAGUGGGUGGGGGCUUUCUAAUACAAUACCAUCUUUUUAAUAACCAUGACAAAAAUGUGUAAGGAUUAAAAGAGAGUUUUACAUUUUUACAUUCCUUCAUAUUAACCUUGUACAUUAACUUUAUUUCUUUGACUCUUUCAUCAUUAUGUUUUGGUUAUUUAUAAUACAGCAACCACAUGACCAAAUAGAUUGACUAUGUUUGUUACUUUGAUUUGGCCAAAUUAUGAAGUUCAUAUAUUUCAAUUAAAUAUUGUGUAUAUGAAUUAGACUACACUGUUUAUACUAUUUAAUUUUAUUUGACAUUAUUCACUCACUUUAUUUUUAAAAAACACUUGGAUAAACACAUUAAAAAUUCUGUGGGCCUAACUGGUAUUUCUUUUGGGAUUUCUUUUUCCUGCUUUUUAUUUCCAUGUUUGAUGUAAGUAGGUUCUUAAUUACUUUAUUUAUUUCAUGUCCCAUGAAAUUGAUGAUUGUGGACACUUAAAGCAGGAUGAUAAUAAUAAAUCAAUGAAUAUUUUACCAAAGGUGCCCAUUUAAACAUAAUUACAUUUUGACACAUAUAAAAAGGAAAAACCAAAUUGGAACAAUCUCUUCUCAUUCCCAGCUCUUAAUUUUUAUCUCUAAACAAAUAGCCCACCCUUAUCUAAUUUAAUACCAGAAUGCAUCAUCACCUUUGGUUCUCUUUGAAGAGAAUUGCAGUAUUGCUUAUGUUAUUUAAACCCUUUAUAAUUUUUAAAACCCAAUUAUUUUCUUUUGAGGACAGACACAAAUUUAAUGCAUGUUUCAUUUUACCCUUUGGGUGAAUGAAUACAUGAUUUAUUACCCUUCAUUUGUUCAGUACAUUUGGGAAGGAUGUUUAUCAGAACUCUACAUCACUUCUUUUACAGAAGAGUGAAAUUAGCAUUUAAAGGCUAAUACGCCUUCCUGUAUAUUUGAAUGCAUUUGAUUAAGUAUGUAGUUUAGCUUCUGAUUUAACAUUAAAUGAUUUCAUUGGAACAUGUUAUGUAAUUACCAAACAUAGAAGAGUCUCCAAAAAGUGGAAAUUAUAUGUUUCAAUUCACUAAGCAUAAGUGCUUCUAAAAUAUCAGGGUGUUUUAACUUUGGGUUCUCUUGAGCUCGGAUAUGUCCGGAAGGAGGCUUGAAGUUUGGAAUUGCUAUUCUUAUAUACUAGACUGGGUGGGUUGGGGGGCAAGGGUAUCUAUUUGCAGCAUAGAUAUUUUGAGAAGAAGAAAAUUGUUUUAUAUAAGAAGAAAGCCAUGACCACCUUUCUACCUCAGAUCCAUCUUCAUCCAUUGUGUUGGAAAUAGCUUUAUGCCAUGCAGUUUGCAAAAUCUAGAGCUUUUACCAGGCCACAUCAUUCUGGAGAAAACCACCUACUUAAGGAAAAGAAGUUCCCCUGAAUUUUGUUGUAGAUUUGGUGUCUUCCUUGUUCUUCCUUUGAAACGUUCUGUAUUUUUUCUGCCUGUAUUUGUGUGUGACAUGUCCUUUAUCUACUAUUAAAGAAAAGCUACAGUAAACACUACAUUGUAACCUUCUGAGUAAUAAUAAAUAAAAGAAAUAUAUUGCCGUAACAACAAGGGGAAAUAAAUAUGUAGUGCUCUUGAAAUAUGUGGUAAAGAACUAAUCAUGGUCUGUCAUCUAAUCUGGCUUCAUGUUGUAUUUUUCAUCCUGAAUAAAAGUAAUUUUAACACAA